AUGCUUCUCUCUAUGAUAUCAAGCUCUCCAACAUUUGGCAAUUGGGAUCUGACUAAGCAAUUCAUGGCUGCCCAAUUUUAUUUAUCCCAAGAAAAGCCUCUAUCUCUAACUCCCUGAAUAAUUACUUAAAUUUUGCUUAUUUGUUUUUUUAUCAUAAACCAAUAAAAAUUUCUUAUAAGUAGAUUGAAUUUGCUUAUUAUAUAAUGGCAAAUGUAUUUUUGGCAUUUAGGAUUAAUCCUCUGAUGAUAAGCCAACUUCAAUUUAUAAAAAUUUAUUGUUUAUCUUCUUGCAAUAAGUAAAAUUUUACUAUUAUUGUUGGAGAGUAAGUGAAACUCAAAGAAUGACCCUUGGAGCUCUACACAUGCAAGCGACAUAUGGUCCAUGCAUACCAGGAAUUUUGCAGCCAGAUAUGCAAAAUUAUAACACAUCAUAUAAGAGAAAAUGAGAAGAAGAAUGAAAAAAACUUGGGUGCAUGCCCCGAGUAACUGCAAUGAGAAAAUUUUUAGAUUUCAUGCAUAAUAUUUUUCCAAAUUGAUGGAAACACCCAUCACUUUAUACAAAUUUUGAGCUUGAAUGAACGAGAAAUGAAAUAAGUUAUUCAUCUAUAUCAGCUUCAAUUAUAAUUAAUCAUUUCAAUUCAUAAUAUUUUGACUAUUAAUUAGUAUUUUAAUAUACAAACUUAGCUUUGCAACAGUAAAAAUAUUUAUUUUUGAUAUAAAAUAAUAUAAAAAUAUAAAAGACAUUUCUAGAGAAGUCAUGAAAACUCAUUCCAGUUUAUCUUCUUUUGAGCCAUCCUCAAAACAAAAUUAUACUGCACGAGAAGGCUCCCGAAUCCAUAAAAGAUUUUCUGGAUAUGCGCACCCUAUGUUCCGAAUUAGCGACCCAAGCAUUAGUAAAUCUUCUAUUGGAGAUAUCCAAGAUACCAUCAGCAGCCUCCGACACAAUACAGUUUCCCAAAUGUCAAAUUUGUCAUCAAAUAAUAAUUUAUUAUCAAUACCCACCUUAGAAGUAAAAGAACAGUUAAAACCUCGACAAGCUUCCCCAGUGUUAAAAGGACUUUUUGAAAAAUUCCAAUCAAAAGAUAAUAAAAGCAAUGUAAAAAAAAAAUUUAAUUUCCAAGGCCAAGAAAAUAGCAGUUUAACAGAAAAUAAAUCAGGCUUAGACGCCUGUAUAGACAGUAUAGAAAAAUAUUUAAACUCAUUGGAAGAAAAAACAUAUGAUAAAAACGAAGGGACUAUUCAAACCGUUAUUGGCAAAGCUUUUAAUAAUUUAGAAACAGAAGUAAUUGAGUGCUUACUCAGACCAAAGCUGGAAUUAGUUGGAGGAAUACUAGAAGAGCUGGAAUCUAAGUAUAGAGAAGAGUUGAACCCAAAAUCUGAAGUAAUUGCUAAAAUUAGGGAAAAGUACUCACUCUUCCCCUUUAAAUUGGAACAAAUUUUUUUAGGUGAAAAUGCUAAAUUUUAUAAAAUUAUUUUUGAUAUAAAAUUUAUAAAAUUUGUUUUUAUAGAGAAAAUUUAUUAUAAUUUUUUUUAAAUCAUAUAUUCACCACUUUAAAUUGGAGCAGGAUUUUUUUUUCCAAUUUAAAUGGGAGAGUCAGAAACUGUAAAUUAUAUUUUUGACUAUAUUGAAAAAUUGGACUGAGCAAAAACAGAGAUGAAAGAGCAUAGUAAAAAAACAGAGCAGCAGUGGAAUUUGCUGAGGCAAGGAAUCAAUUCUAUAAAAGAGCUUAAAGACCCAGCGAACUAUAAAUUCAAUUUAUUUGGAAAAUCUAAACAGUCAGUCGGAUAUUACACAGACUGCCUCUAUACAAGCAGACAAGGCUUACCUCAAGAAGACAUCGACAUUUUAGGAGAAAUCGAGCACAUUAUAGAGCAGCACGAGUCCAAAGAGUCAUCUUACGUUAAAGAAAUCGAACAGCGCGACCUCGAAAUUUCCCAUUUAAAACAAAUUUUCAAAGAAACUCAGCAGAAAUCUUACAAAGAUAACAUCGACCUUUCCAACCAAUGCAGAAUAAUGAAAGAAAGCAUCGAACUAAUCCAAGGCAAACGGGAAACUGAUAACGCUACUGAAGGCAUUUUAAAGCGGCAGAUUAUCGAGCUUAAACUAGAAAACGAGCGCUUAAAGCACGAAAAACUCGAGCUAUUUGAGUUGUCACGUAAAUAA